AUGUCGGCAGUAGUCUUGAUCACUCUUGCCAUUGCGUGUAGCGUGUUGGCGCGUCCCCUGUCGGUCAUUGACGAUCAGGAGGAACAGGAACUCCUGACUGAUCCCCACUUCGCCGGCUGGCUGCAGGCCCAAGAGCCACCGCCGCCACCACCACCGCCGCCGCCGCCUCCAAGUGCCUCUCGAAGCUGGAACAACAUCUUCAGGUUCAUGGCACGCCUGAACGACUACUACGUGCUCUUCGGCAGGGCAAGGUGA